UGGGCCGGCGCGCUACGGUCCUUUUCCGCUCCGGCGUGCUCGCGCGCACGCUCACGUCUAAAAGUUGGGCAGCAGCUGAGCAAGUGGACGCCCGGCUUCACAGACGACAACAUCCACUGCGGUGGCGAUGUUGAUUGACCGAUGAUCUGACGCAGGAAAAAGACAUCAGACGCCGACCUUGUCUGUGCGCGGCGACUAUGGGUUGUGCUUGUUGCAAGCAGAAGAAGUCAGCUAAAUUCGAGGCGGCUGCCUUAACCGCCACCUCCGGGGCUGCCAAUGCUUCAGUGCAGUCUCCCAGCAACGGCGAUGGCGGCUCGUCCGCGGACCCAAUACAGGCACGCUACUGUCCAGACCCCACGCAGGUGAUACCGGACUUCAACAAGGGAUUCUCCAGCGGAGCCAUCUUCCCCAACUCCAACACGCAGCACUGGUCCGCCGGAGUCACAAGCGGCGGCGUCACACUCUUCAUCGCGCUCUAUGACUACGACGCUCGCACCGAGGAUGACCUCACCUUUCAGAAGGGGGAGAAGUUUCAGAUCAUCAACAACACAGAGGGUGACUGGUGGGAGGCUCGUUCUUUGGACACGGGCAAUGCCGGGUACAUCCCGUCCAAUUACGUAGCUCCGGUCGACUCCAUACAGGCCGAGGAGUGGUAUUUCGGAAAGAUGGGGAGGAAGGAUGCGGAGAGACAGCUGCUGGGACACGGCAACCAGAGAGGAACUUUUCUCAUCCGCGAGAGCGAGACCACCAAAGGUGCUUUUUCGCUGUCCAUCCGCGACUGGGACGAGAACAAAGGUGACCACGUGAAGCACUAUAAGAUCCGCAAGCUGGACAACGGAGGCUAUUACAUCACCACCAGGUCUCAGUUUGACACCGUGCAGCAGCUUGUGGUGCACUACACAGAGCGAGCGGCGGGGCUCUGCUGCCGCCUGAUCGGCAGCUGCAAGCGCGGCAUGCCCAAGCUGGCCGACUUAUCGGUGAAGACCAAGGACAUGUGGGAGAUUCCCCGCGAAUCGCUGCAGCUGAUUAAAAAGCUGGGCAACGGCCAGUUUGGAGAAGUGUGGAUGGACACUAACGACGGGCUGUGUUACUACCUGACCAAGGCCUGUCCCAAUUGCACGCCGCUCACCAUGGGCCUGGGCCGGGAUGCCUGGGAGGUGCCCCGGUCCAUGUUGUCCCUGCAGAGGAAGCUGGGACAUGGCUGCUUUGGGGACGUGUGGAUGGGGAUGUGGAACGGCACCACCAAGGUUGCGGUGAAGACGCUGAAGCCGGGCACCAUGUCCCCCGAGGCCUUCCUGGAGGAGGCUCAGAUCAUGAAGAGGCUGCGCCACGACAAGCUGGUACAGCUCUACGCCGUUGUGUCCGAGGAGCCCAUCUAUAUAAUCACCGAGUUCAUGAGCCAAGGAAGUUUACUGGAUUUCUUAAAAGACGGCGAGGGGCAAAACCUGAAGCUACCCCAGCUUGUGGACAUGGCGGCACAGAUCGCGGCGGGGAUGGCCUACAUCGAACGGAUGAACUACAUCCACAGAGACCUGCGGGCCGCCAACAUCCUUGUCGGAGACAACCUGGUGUGCAAGAUCGCCGACUUUGGCCUGGCAAGGCUCAUCGAGGACAACGAGUACACCGCCAGACAAGGGGCCAAGUUCCCCAUCAAAUGGACUGCGCCGGAAGCUGCGCUGUACGGACGCUUCACCAUCAAGUCGGACGUGUGGAGUUUCGGCAUCCUGCUCACCGAGCUCAUCACCAAGGGACGCGUGCCCUACCCAGGCAUGAACAACCGCGAAGUGCUGGAGCAGGUAGAGCGAGGCUACCGGAUGGCCUGUGCCCCGGGCUGCCCCGCCUCACUCCACGAGCUCAUGCUGCAGUGUUGGCGGCGCGAGGCCGACGAGAGGCACACCUUCGAGUACCUGCAGUCCUUCUUGGAGGAUUACUUCACCGCCACCGAGCCACAGUACCAACCCGGCGAGAACCUGUGACCGCGCACAAGUACAAAAAGACACGCACAGGAAAGAAAAACCCCACACGGAACAAACAGACAUUACGACAACGCUGUCUUUUCCCGCACCCUUGCGGGACGGACGGGGAAGGCGCCUGGACCUCGGCUAAGCGGACCCUGCAGUGAUGUUGCUUUACUCUGUAACCAUGACAACAAGGAAGAAGAUGUAGAUGGUCGGGGAGGAGGGAUGCGACUUGGCACAAGAUCCUCGCUUCUUUCUCAUCCGCCAUAUAAUAUUUGUUCCAUGCAUUUUCGGCAUCCUAAUGGAUUGACCGUCAUGUUUUGACAGAGCAAACAUUCUGAAACCCUCCUGUGUACUGUGUGAAUAGAUCACAGUGAUGCUUCUGAAACUAGGUUCCCUGGACAAUAUUUAAAUGCAAUAAAUGAUUGUGCUGUGCCAAUCAAACAAACAUGAAAAACCAAUUACACCUCCUGAUAUACUUAAGUGAAUAGGUAGGUUGAGUAUUACUACUGGAAUUUUUUUUUUUUCAUGAACAGAAGGUGUACUUUUGACAAUAUACUACAAUUUUUCCCUUUUAAUGUUUUGAGAACCCCGGGAUGAGACAUCACAAAUUCAAGAGGAUGUACUCGUCCAGCUACAUUGACUUGAACAAAUCAGUCAUUUCUGGUAUGAAAGUUAUUUCAAAACCAUGUGAAAUAUUAGCACCCACCCCCUCACUUUUUUUAAUAUAUAUUUUACCUACUUGUGUCUGUAAAUCGAGAGCGAGAGAGAUGGUGAGGAAGAACUUUUAGGUUUUGUAUGAGCCGUCUCUUCGUGGUUUUUAAUUUAACGCAUCACAAAGACCAUAUAGCAAAUUCAGCAUUUAUUCAGUCAUUCAUUGGGAGGGCAGGGUGAAUGAAAGCAUAAAAGGGAAAUAUGUCAUAUUUCUGGACUUUUUUCAUUGUACCCUUUUUAUGUGGACUUUAACCCUGUCAUGUUUAUUGUAAUAAAGAUCAGAUAUAUUUGGAUACAAUACAAUACAUCUUUAACAU